AUGGACUCGUCGGCGGCCCGGCGAGAUGCUCAGGACUCUAUACCUCUGUACCAUGGGAAUGGUCAAGAGUCCAAUCGCUACGAAAAUAUUGACCUGGAUGAGUUGGCUGCCAAGCAAAAGGCUGGUGGUGGAAUGAUUGAUUCUGUAGCGAAUAUGGCAAACUCUAUAUUGGGCGCAGGUGCAGGUCUCCCAUAUGCAGUUAGCCAAGCAGGCUUCGUGCUAGGCAUCAUCCUACUAGUUGUAUUAUGUCUAAUCACAGAUUGGACAAUACGCCUAGUUGUCAUUAAUGCCAAAUUAAGUGGUAGAAACUCCUACAUCGAGAUUAUGAACAGCUGUUUCGGCUCAAGUGGUCGAGCGGCUGUAUCAGUCUUCCAGUUUUCAUUUGCCUUUGGCGGAAUGUGUGCCUUCGGCAUCAUUAUUGGAGACACAAUACCGCACGUCAUACGUUCAUUAUUCCCCGCACUACAUACGAUACCCGUCCUCUCUGUUUUCACAAAUCGACAAUUCGUUAUUGCUUUCUGCACUGUCUGUGUUUCCUAUCCAUUAUCUCUCUAUCGUGAUAUUCAUAAAUUAUCACGCGCCUCCGCACUCGCUCUCAUCGGUAUGCUCAUAAUUGUGGCAUCUGUGCUUGUAGAAGGGCCCCACGUUGGGCCAGAUCUAAAGGGUGACCCCUCCAAGCGGCUUAGUUUCGUUGGACCGGGGGUAUUUCAAGCCAUUGGAGUUAUGAGCUUUGCCUUCGUUUGCCACCACAACUCUCUCUUGAUAUAUGGUAGUCUGCGUACUCCCACCCUUGACCGGUUCGCUAAGGUGACCCAUAUAUCCACGGCCAUAUCACUUGUUGCUUGUUGUACGUUGGCCAUAUCCGCUUUCUGGGUAUUCACCGAUCGAACACAAGGAAACAUACUGAACAAUUUCUCACGGAGUGAUACCAUAAUCAACGUUGCGCGGUUUUGCUUUGGACUCAACAUGUUUACCACUCUACCAUUGGAACUUUUCGUAUGCAGAGAGGUCAUCGAGCAGUAUUUCUUCUCACACGAAUCAUUUAAUCCGCAGCGACAUGUCUUCUUCACAUCAGUGAUUCUCUUCUCAUCUAUGCUUCUCUCACUCUUUACAUGCGACCUGGGGGUUACGCUAGAAAUCACUGGCGGGGUCUCAGCAACUGCUUUAGCUUUCAUCUUCCCUGCGGCCUGCUAUCUCAAGCUAAGCGAACCUCGCAUACCGUGGUACUCUCGAACAAAACUUCCAGCCUCAGCAUGCUUAUCUUUUGGCAUCAUUGUCAUGAUUACAUCUCUCUUCCUUGCAUUAGGAAAAACAUGGACGCAUGAAGGCGACGCAAAAAUAUGUCUCUGA